AUGGCUGAAGCCUUUAGUAGGGCUAUUUCAUGUGUCAGGGAGAGGGGUAUGUGGAAGGGGAUUUCCAUUCCUCAUAUGUACAUAUCCCAUACUCAUUGUUUCUUUGCGGAUGAUAUUUUACUAUUUGGAUUAGCUUCUAUGAGGGAAGCUCAAGUCAUCAACAAGAUCAUUUUGGAGUAUUCUUCAUUCUCUGGGCAAAAGGUUAAUCAGGCUAAAUCUAAAGUUUUUUUCUUUAAUGUCUCUCCUUUGGUGCAGGCCAGGUUGUCUCAUUUUUGGGGUUUUUUGGUGGGACAAUUUCCUUGCAAAUAUUUAGGGUUGCCUUUUUACACUAGAUCUGAGAAGCACAAUUUUUGGGAACGGGUUUCUGGGGCUAUCUCAGCUAAAAUUCUUUCUUGGUCCCAUAAGUGGUUAACUUUUUCUGGUAAAUUUGUGCUUAUUAAAGCAGUCUUAAAUGCAAUUCCUAUCUAUCUAUUAUCCAUUUUAAAGGCUCUGAAAAAAAUAGUGGGGGCUCUUCAUUCAAUUGUGAGAUCCUUUUUAUGGAAUAAUAAUGUUGAUAAGACAAAAAGUAUCUCCUUGUUGGCCUGGGAUAGGGUUUGUGCUUCUAAGGAUAAAGGAGGUGUUGGGAUUAGGGACCUUGGUAAGCAGAACUUGGCACUUGGUGCUAAGUUGGUUUGGAAAUUUUAUAAACAGCCUACCUCUAAAUGGGCAUCCAUUUUAUCUGCUAAAUACUUGCCUAAUUGUUCUAAGGAGGCUAUCUUCACUACUUCUACUCUUCCCAAAGGCUCUGUGAUCUGGAAUUUUAUGUCUGAAUGCAGAUCUGUUAUUUUUCCAGGUUUGUCUUGGCUUAUUCAUAAUGGUCGUAGGGCUAGGUUUUGGGAUGAGGUUUGGAAUGGUUUCCCUAUUAUGUCUAGUCUUAGGGACUGGUCAUCCCUUAUGCCCAUCCUUAAAUCCUCUUGGGGCAUUUUUGUGGGGGAUUAUUUCUUUGUCAACUCCUCGGGUUCCCUGUCAGUGGCAAAGUGGAAAUCAAUUGCUUCUAUUCCUGUGAGUCAGGACAUUAAAUCUGCAUUUGAGGAUGAGCUUAAGAAACAUCCAUUACUCUUCUCGGGGAAGGAUGAUGAGCUCAUCUGGUCUUUUUCAAAAUCUGGGGAAUAUUCGGUUAAAGAAGGUUAUAAUUUUUUAUCCUUAGAUGUUAAGAGGGAAGUUUUUCCAUUUAAACUAUUCUGGCAUGCUGCCUGCUUGCCCAAAGCAAGGGCUUUUGCUUGGCUGGCUAUUCAGGAUAGAAUACUUACUGUCUUGCAAGCACUUCCUCGGAGUGGUGCACUUUUUCAGUCACGACCUCCAAUUAAUAGAAAGGAAGUUGUUUGGUUGCCUCCUCCGGUUUCAAAAGUUAAAUUGAAUUUUGACAGUGCCUCUCGUGGCAACCCUGGUAAAUCUGCUAUUGGAAUUAUGGUCUUUGAUGAUAGGGUGGCUAUCAUUACAGCUCAAUGUAAAUGUAUUGCUUAUGGUACUAACAAUGUGGCUGAACUACAUGCUCUUUCGGUAGGCUUGGAUUUGCUUCUUUCAUUACAUUUGUUGGAUGUUGUUAUUGAGGGUGACUCUCAAGUAGUUUUUUACAUGGUCACAAAUCAUCCUUCCCACUCUUGUCAUUUAAAGUAUUGGUUGGAUAAGAUUCUUGAUCAGCUUGAGUUGUUUAAUUCUUUCACUAUGUCUCACUGUUUUAGAGAAGCUAAUAAGGUGGUUGACUUCCUGGCUAAUAAAGAUUUGGAUGAGGAUAUCCAAGAAUUGGUUGGGGUAGCCUCCGAUUCUCUUCCUCCUCAUCUAGUUUAA